CUUCCGCCGCCAUUCGGGAUUCAGGCCCAGGAAACGUACGUCACGGGGGAACUGGGCCAUUCGGCCUUAGUGUUGACGCGUCGCUUAGCAACCGGGAGGCUUACCUUUGGAAGCUUGUUGCAGCUUUUGCCGCGGUCCUUCGCUCUUCCCGCCCCUCCCCUCCCCUCAACUCCCUUCACCUAGGAGCUGCCAAACAUCUGGAUCAACCUGGGCGCUACGAGGGGUUGAAUUUCUACCAGUAUCGCGCCUUUUUACAUUUUUUUUCCCCGAACUCCUUCUCACAUCCGUAAAACCCACUGCUUCUUUUACUACACGUUUUAUGAGAACAAGACAUUUUCUAGGAAGAUGGUGGCAGAAAAAGAGACCCUGAGCUUAAACAAAUGCCCAGACAAGAUGCCGAAGAGGACCAAGCUGCUGGCACAACAGCCGCUCCCGGUGCACCAGCCUCACUCCCUGGUUUCUGAGGGCUUCACAGUCAAAGCCAUGAUGAAAAACUCAGUCGUGAGAGGCCCGCCAGUUGCAGGAGCAUUUAAAGAAAGACCAACGAAGCCCACAGCAUUUCGAAAAUUUUAUGAACGAGGAGAUUUCCCAAUUGCCCUUGAGCAUGAUUCGAAAGGAAACAAAAUCGCGUGGAAGGUGGAAAUUGAGAAGCUGGAUUACCAUCAUUAUUUGCCUCUGUUUUUUGAGGGGCUCUGUGAAAUGACAUUUCCCUAUGAGUUUUUUGCCCGGCAAGGAAUCCACGACAUGCUGGAACACGGGGGGAACAAGAUUCUUCCUGUCAUUCCACAGCUCAUUAUCCCGAUAAAAAAUGCCUUGAAUCUUCGAAAUCGACAGGUCAUUUGCGUCACCCUCAAAGUCCUCCAACAUCUGGCUGUGUCAGCUGAGAUGGUGGGUGAAGCUUUGGUGCCCUAUUACCGUCAAAUCCUCCCCAUCCUGAACAUCUUUAAGAAUAUGAAUGAUAUUCUCCACUACCCCCGCGACAAUCUGCUCUGUGCUGGAAGCUUGCAGUGGAAACCAGGAGUGGGGUGAUUUCCCUUCCAUUUCUCUGCGGGUGCGUCAUCAUCCUCCACAUCUUGUCUCCAGAGGUCCUGUCCCUUAGCUUGCCAGGCUGGGGCAGCCGACGACGGUGAGGAGAGGGGCAGCUCUUCAACCUGACGCUCCCCUGAGGUGGCAUCACACCCACUCCCUGGGCCAGGUGCCGGUUAAGGCAGAUUCUGUCCUGGGGAACAUGGCUGGCAGGUCCUCAGUGAUCCUUGCCCUGGGGCAGUCGCUCUCCAUCCAGAAUGUUCUCCGCCCUCAGCCUUCCUCUUCCCUCAACUAGGCCAAGUUUCCCCGCACUCCCCUCAGCUUCUUGUGUCCAGGAUCCCCGUGCUUCAGGGAAGCACUGUUACACAGGCUGGAAAUGACCCCACAUUGGCACCCCCUCCUAUGUGAAAAAUAUACUUGCCCAUCUUGGGCACCAAAAACUCUAGGGGUGCAAGCCCAGGCCCUCAGUUCUCCUGUCCAGGCUCUACUGGAUCCUCAACCAUGACGGAGCCCCAGGAUUUCAUUUUGCCCCACUGCUGGGAACACGUUCAGGGCUCUCCAGAUGGUUCUACCAGCAGAGCACAGAGAGAGCGCCCUUCAAAGAAUUCUCAUUGUCUUCUCCCCCCCAUAUGGGCUCGGUUUAGAAGCCCUCCUCUGUCCAGCUGGGGACCUGGUCCCCUUAUACUCCUGCAGACCUGCUGCUGACGAAGGGCCCAGGUCACUGGAAGUGGGGAGCCCUAUUUCAACUCCCUGACACACCGGUGCUGGUUUCCUUGAGCCAAACACAAAACUGUAGGAGGAAUUUUCCACUUAGUGUGAAAUCAGCUUGCCGUUUUUAUUGUCUUCCUCAAAAAUCUAUAUUUUUCACACUGACAGGAUGGAAUGUAUAUAGCUCAGCAUAAGCUGAACCAUCGAUGAAGAAGGAUUGAAAAAUAUAAUGGACAUAUUUCCUUAGAAGAAUUGCAAAUAGUAUUGACAUUCCUUUGCCUGCCUGCUUUCUGUAUUGUAUUCUCUGGUACAUCUUGAAUUAAUGUUCCGAGUAAUAAAGAAAAAAGUAAUGGUGGCAACGCUGUUAUGACUAAACUCUCUUCGGUUCCUUCCAAGAUCAAUUUGCUUUUCUCCCCCUUGAAAUACAGUACUUUAACAUGAGCUUUCUGUGAGCCCAUUUACAUCCAUUUUGAGAUGGCGGUGAACCAAACAUGACUCUCCAUUCAGCGACGCUUAGAUUUUACAUGCCUCUUACACCUUCGCCACUGCUUCCCCCAAGUAAACCUGCAUUUAUCUUAAACUUUAUUUAAGCCUUGAAGUGAUCUUUAUCAGCCUCUAAAAAGCUAAUUAUUAAUACAAUACUAACAUUUUCAAGCAAGAAUGUAAUUGGGUCAUAAUAACAGGAUUAGCACCCAGUAAUCUCCCGCUAUUUUCAGCUUUGUUUCUACCUGUAGGCAAGUUGGAUAUUUAUUUAUGCACAGAAAGGGUUUUGAGAAGUUUGUAGUUCUUCUAGCAGAAAUCAAUGAAUAUUAUACAUGCUUGUAUGUGAGUGUGUUUACAUAUUAUAAAUAUGGUAAACAACCACUUAAUCAGAUGAAUGCGAAUGUGGGUCUGUCUAGAAACAGUGGAAUAUAUGUUCUCCUUUCAAAGUUUCCUCAAAUCUGUAAAUACAGAAUGAUGAUACUCAAAGAGAAGCAGUACAAGAUUUAUACUUUUGUGAUGAACAACUAAAAUUUCAGAAGCAACUUCCAUGAAGAUGUUAGGCAACGGUGGAAUGAGGAGAAGGAGCGUGGUACCAGGUCCGCCGAAACCUGCUGGCACGCACCUUUAUUUAUACACCCGCCAACCUUUCUGUUAUUGCUGAGGAAUGCUGGGCCUUCUUGCUCUCACCUUCAGGCUGGUCUCACUACCUCUAGAACAACAAAUGCACCAGGCUAACUUCAAAAGCUUAGAGCACAAUGUGGUUUUUACUGGCUAUUUAAGAGAUGUCGAAGAGAGGACCACGUCGUACAUAUUCAUUGAUUCGUUGAAAAAGAAAUUCUUGAGUGCUUACUAUAUGCCAACAUGGCAAAGUCUCCUAAAAAUCCUUAAGAGAUUAAAAGGGUGCUGCAUGCAGCCAUUUUCCAUUUGUCAGAUCCGCCGCAGACUUCCUCACGGCCUUACCCCACGCGCGUGAAUCAACGGGCACCUCCACAGCAGACCUGGAGAGUAAAGGUGGUUUCCGGUACCCUGAAGCAAAAAGCCAGCUGUCAGUCCUCAUGACCAUUCACCCUCACCUUCUGCACUCUUCAAUACCUUGACCCUGAGGUCAGGGCAUGGAUUUGGAAGAAUAAGACCCAGAUGUGGUGGUAGACCGUUGAGAUGGCUCAGACGGCAAGACGAGGGUGCUCAGGUUUAGCGCCUUGUCUUAGUAAAUGAAACAGUGAAGAAAUAGAACAAAGUUUCAAAUCACCUAUUAUCAUUUACUUCUUUGAGAAGAAUAGGAAUGUCCCCUUCCUUAGUCCUCACUGCACACUAUCCAUUCCUGGGAAAAUCCUGAGAAGACUCUCUCUGUGCAGGCAACCUCCAAAUAUUAUUUUUGGGGAGGGGGUUUGGGUUUCGUUUUGUGUUUUGAUCUGGUUUCUGUUUUGUUUUUAGUUUUAUUGAUAUAUAAUUGACACAUAUGUAUAAGUUUCA